GAAGAAAAGACAGACGUGGCUCUGGCUGUGAUGGGACUCUUACUGGGCCUGCUGCUCCUGGGGCACCUAAUGGUGGUCACUUAUGGCCAUCCCGUCCUUGAAGCACCUGAGAGUGUGACAGGGCCCUGGAAAGGGGAUGUGAAUAUUCCCUGCACUUAUCGUCCUCUGAAAGGCUACACUCAAGUCUUGGUAAGAUGGCUGGUACAACGUGGCUCAGACCCAGUUACCAUCUUCCUACGUGACUCCUCUGGAGAUCAUACCCAGCAAGCAAAGUACCGGGGCCGCCUGCACAUUAACCAUGAGGUUCUAGGAGAUGUGUCCCUCCAACUGAAGACCCUGGAGAUGGAUGACCGGAGCCACUACACUUGUGAAGUCACUUGGGAGACCCGUGAUGGCAACCAAGUGGUGAGAGAUGAGAUCAUUGAACUCCGUGUCCAGAAACUCCCUGCUUCCAAGCCCACAGUGACAACUGGCAGUGGCUAUGGCUUCACAGUGCUCCAAGGAAUGAGGAUUAGCCUUCAAUGCCAGGCUCAGGGUUCUCCUCCCAUAAGUUAUGUUUGGUACAAGGAACAGGCUAACAACCCAGAACCCAUCAAAGUAGCAACCUUGAGUAUAUUACUUUUCAAGCCUGCAGUGGUGGCUGACUCAGGCUCCUAUUUCUGUACCGCUAAGGGUCGAAUAGGCUCUGAGCAAUGCAGUGACAUUGUGAAGUUUGUGGUCAAAGACUCUUCAAAACUACACAAAAACAAGACUGAGGCACCUACAACCUUGCAGUUCCCUUUGAAAACAACACCCACAGUGAACUCAUACUGGGCCUGGACCACUGAAGUGAAUCACUACCUUGGGGAGACCAAUGCUGGACAAGGAAAGGGCCUGCCCAUCUUUACCAUAACUCUCAUCAUCUUUCUGUGCUGUAUGGUGGCCUUCAUGGCUUAUAUCAUGCUCUACCAGAAGACGUCCAAGCAAGAGCACAUCUAUGAAGUGGCCAGGGUACAUGCCAGGGAGACCAGCAACUCUGGUGAAACCAUGAGGGUGACCAUCUUCAAAAAUGGCUGUUGCAGUGAAGAGCCAGCUACCCGGACUUCAGGAAAUGGCUACUCUAAUGAACCCAGCCUGGACCAGGAGUACCAUAUCAUGGCCCAGAUAAAUGGUGACUACCCUCCGCUGGUGCACAUAGUUUCCCUGGAUCAUGAGCUCCUGACCAUCGAGGACAAGAGUGUCUGCUAAAACUGCCCUACUAGUUUGCUGACGUAAUUUCCUUUUAGCCCCUGCUUUCUGCAUGGUCCCCUUCUCUUCCCGGAUAGCCCAACAUGUAUUAUCUGCCAACAUUGGGAUCCCUAAGUGUGAUUGGCUUUGCCUAAGAAGUUGCCAUGUGCACACAAGCAAGCCUGCUUCUGGGUUGAGCCCUGAACCCUCCUCAUAUCCUUGCCUGGGGCUUCUGCUGCUUCUCUCCAAGCACCAGGGGGAACUUCCCAUAGCACUAAGACACCAAUUAACUUUGGCCUCUUGUCACCAUAAGACCAGAGGGAAGCUCAACUCUGCCAGCUCAGGGGACCAGUUAUGUCCAGAAUCACUUUUUCCAAGGCCAGAUUGUUUUUGAGAUUGUCAUAUGACGGGCUAGUGUUCAUUUCUGCUCUUACACUAUGAGUCUAGUGCUCUGAUAU